AUGAAAAAGCUAUAUUGCGUGGCUAUCGUUAUACAGCUUCUGUGCUGUCUAAAGCUAUGCUUGGGCUCGACCUUGCGGUCUGAUAUUGAUUAUGAUCCACCGAUAACCAGAGCAUCCUCUGUAACACUCGAACGCGACUUACACAGUACAUUGAAUAGUAAAGUUGAGUAUCAUACUGUCAGUCCGAUUGCUUUACGAAAACACAGGAGUAAAGACGUUAAUCCGACAGUAGACUUUGGCAAAGUACCGAGGAGAGGACUUGGGCCUACACCACUGGUCGAGCAGGAUAAUGCCUACUGGAACGAUGUGGUCACUGCUCCCGGUAGAGCAGCUUCGAUGCAACCUCAACAUGACAGGGCACUCGAGAAGCUGUCGCUAUCGAAUAUGCUUUUGGCUACAGACCUGGAAGGGGGACUACAUGGGAUUGACAGAGAAAACGGGCAAAUACAGUGGUCCAUCGAUUCGUCUUUUUUUGAACCACUCAUUAAAGUCAGUGAAGUGACUAAUACUACUAUUUAUGAGACACUGAUUGUGGAACCCUAUAAUGAAGGUAAAAUAUACUAUUUCAGUCCAUUUCAAGGCGUUCAGAAGCUUCCUGUUACGAUAAGUGAAUUGGUGUCGUCGUCUCCAAUGCACUUAAAGACUGACUUGACGGUGAAUGAAUCAGGAGCUGUGGUCAAAGAUGAGAAGACUUAUACAGGCUCAAGAUCUGCAGCCAUAUAUACAAUUGAUUUACUCACUGGAGAGAUACUCUCGGCUUAUGGACCUGGAACCGAAAACAAAAAGUACAAGUAUGACCAGGAAACUUGCAGAACCAGAGGUUUUGGAUCAAAGGAGUGUGGGAAUCUUAUCGUCGUUGGUAAAACGACUUAUCAUUUAAGCAUCAAUUCGCAGGAUGAACGUUCAUAUAAUGUCACUUAUUCCAGGUGGCAGCAAAACACAUUGGACAUGCAUUUGGCUUCGCAAAACUUAUACUCCCAGGAUGGGAUAUAUAUUGCGCCUUUCAGAGAUAAGACCCUAUUAGCAAUCAACACCGAUUACCGGAUUGCUAAAUGGGUAUCAUCUGAAUUUCCUGGAAUCGUGAAUGGUAUCUUCGAUGUAUUUCAGGAUGAAACCAGAGGUGAGAACAUUUUAGUUCCCCAUCCUUUGAAGUCGCCAGAUGAAAGACUUGGAAAUAAUAGAGUAUACCUGGGCCAAAGUGAGCAAGGCACCUGGUUUGCUUUAUCUGCAGAAAGUUUUCCGUCGCUUGUUGAGGCUUCACCGGUAUCCAAAUACAGCGUCAGUGAGAAAUGGAGAGCUCCCAGCAUUUUCGAGAAUGAGGAUCUCAUAAAAGCUGCAUUAACUGGUGUACACGAACUCAAAAGUAUGAAAUAUGAGCGCAUAUUUGAUGGACAUGUCAAGCAUAAUGAAAUUCUUUCUUUACCUGAGAGAUCGCCGCCUCUCAUCGCUCCUCCGGCUCACGUCGCGCAUAAUGAAGUCAUUGAGGAAUCAAACUCGUUGGACAAACACAUUUCGCCAUUGGAGCUCGAGGCCUACCGAUUAAAAGUUCAAGAACAGAUCGCCAAUGAAAUCAUGCAGCAGAACCGAGGUUCUAUAGUAUACGUUGUCGGAAGGUUUAUCUACCGCGUUAUUGAGAGUGGCCUAAUCCUCCUGUUCGCGUUCUUUAUUCUGAUGGUAUUACAAAGAUUCAAAAUUAUCAUGCCUCUACCUAUCUUGCUUGAAAAAAGUGGAUUGAUACCCGCUAAGGAAAUCAAGACAAAGGAGGUCGAAAUUGAGGAAGAUCAGUUCCAAGGUAUGGGAAAUAUCGCAGAUGAGCAGAUAAGCGACACCACGACUAUUGCAACCGGUGAACUUUCAAACGAUGACUCAAUUACAAAGGUGGAAAUGGAAGAGAGAAACCCUGAAACCGAACAACUAACUAAUAGAGAUGCCAAGAAUCUCGUUGUGGAGAAGAAAAAAAGGAAGCGAGGCAACCGUGGUGGGAAGAAAUUAAAGAAAAGAUUGCCAGUCGAUGAAAACCUUCAAAGCAUAGAAACGAUGGAAUUUGAGCACGACUUAAAAACAUUGACAGUAUCUGAAAAAGUUUUGGGUUAUGGGUCAUCGGGGACUGUUGUUCUUCAAGGAAAGUUCCAAGGAAGACCUGUUGCAGUCAAGCGCAUACUGCUCGAUUUUUGUGAUAUUGCCUCUCAAGAGAUAAAACUACUAACGGAAAGUGAUGACCAUCCUAACGUCGUAAGAUAUUUUUGCUCGGAGUCUACUGAAAAGUUUUUAUACAUUGCCCUGGAGCUUUGUAACUCGACAUUGGAGGACCUAGUUGAGGCCAAGAAAAAUUCCGACGAGAUUAUGAGAAUGAAGAAUAAUAUCGAUUUGAUCGAUGUCCUAAAGCAAAUAGCAUGCGGUGUUGCACAUCUUCAUUCGCUGAAGAUCAUUCAUCGAGAUAUCAAGCCUCAGAAUAUCCUCGUCUCUACAUCCAAAAAGUUUGUUGCUGGACAAAAAGCUGAGGAUGGAAAUGUCAGAAUUCUUCUAUCUGAUUUUGGGCUAUGUAAACAACUGGGCGCCGAUGAAUCGUCAUUGAGAACUUACGCAAACAACGCCGGAGGCACUAGCGGCUGGAGAGCUCCAGAAUUGCUGGAUGACUCAACAAGAAAAAUGAUUGAAUCCAUCGCUGAAGAAGAUGGCAAAGCCGAAUCGCCUAUUGUAUCGUUCUACGACCACGCCACCAAGCAAAGACUAACACGGGCGAUUGACAUCUUUUCAAUGGGCUGUGUGUUUUAUUAUGUCCUAUCAAAUGGUGAGCAUCCAUUUGGUAGUCGAUAUUUGCGUGAAGCUAAUAUCAUCCGGGGCAACUGUGACCUUUCCGGGCUUCGAAAGUCGCUUAAAAAAAGGUCUUUGGUGGUCGAAGCCGCUGAUAUGAUUUCUACGAUGGUUGAAAAAGAUCCUCUCAAAAGGCCAACUGCCCUCACAGUGCUCAGCCAUCCAUUUUUCUGGUCAAGUGCUAAGAAAUUAGAGUUCUUGUUGAAGGUCAGUGAUCGGUUUGAAGUAGAAAGAAGAGACCCUCCAAGUCCUUUAUUGCUUCAAUUGGAAGCGAAGGCCAGUAAGGUGAUUUUAAAUGGUGAUUGGACGACCAAAUUCGAUAAGGAGUUCAUGGAAAACCUCGGUAAAUACCGGAAAUACAGCGGAAGUAAAUUAAUGGAUUUACUUCGGGCCUUGAGGAAUAAGUAUCACCAUUUCAUGGAUCUUCCAGAAGAUCUUGCUGCCGUCAUGGGUCCUAUCCCCAAUGGUUUUUAUGACUAUUUUACCUUACGAUUCCCCAACUUGUUGAUGGUUAUAUAUUCCCUGGUUAAGGAUAAAUUAGGAAAUGAUCAAAUUUUGAGUAAAUUCCUUAAUUAA